AUGUUAGAAAACCUCCGGAAGGAGUUGUUGCAACAAAAAAAAGACAUGCACGACAUGAAAGAAGAUAUUAAGAAUACAAUUAACAAUAAUAUAAAUGAAAAGUUUAAAAACUUAGAAAUGAAGAACGAACAUCUAGAAAAUAAAAUAAAGGAACAUUCUUUACAAAUCAACAACAUCGAAAGAUUUAUGAGACGCAAAAACUUAAUUUUCUUUGGUGUGGAAGAAGGGGAAAAAUCAUACAAUGAUUUGGAAAAUGCAAUAUUACACAUAAUAAAUAAAUGCUUUGGUUUUAAUUUUGAAAACGGGUUAGAAUCCGUUAGAAGAAUAGGAAAAAAGGGUGAAAUAAUCAGGCCUGUUGUAGUCACGUUCAGUACAAUGGGAUUCAAAUUGAAAAUUCAACAAAAUCAAAAAUGCUUAAAAGAUACCCCCUACUAUGUUAAACAGGAUUUUCCGAAAGAAGUGCUGAAAAAACGUAAGGAAUUACAGCCCCAGUUGAAGGUGGAAAGAGAAGCAGGUAACACAGCUUUUAUAAAAUAUGAUAAGCUCAUAGUAUUACCUAGAAAAAAUAAAACCUCUACACAAAACCCUACCAACAAAAGAUCAAUAUCUGAAUCUCCCGAAACUACGUUAAAAAACCCCUCUAACAUUUUACAAAAUAAAAAGCAGUCAGUUAAGAAGAGCAAAACAACAACAAUGAAGGAAUACAUUCGACAUAAACCAAAAUUUAUACUAAAUUCUGAACGGACUACGCAUGACUCUACACCCAGUGAGGCUAAUGAGCACACAAAUUAG